CCAGUGCGCGUGCGCAGGCGCACUGGCGCACUCAGGCGACUCCCGCAGCCUCGGGACUCUUACUCCGUCGCCUGCGAUGGCGAGCGCCCUCUCGCUCGGUACUGUGCUGGGGCUGCUACUUGUGUCUGCGCUGCCCGCGGUCCUCGGCGACCGCUCCAGCCCUGACUUCCGGGCAUACCCAGGGGACCCCUCCCAGAUCGGGCCUAUGGCCACGGAACCCCGGCGGCGGCCACCGCCCAAGGGCCAACACGAGCGGGCCCAGGCCAGGGCGUUGCCUGUGGGGGCGCUGUACACCGCGGCUGUCGUGGUUUUUGUGCUGUACAAGUGUUUGCAGGUGCGGGAAGACGAGGCGUGUGGAUGCCCCGGGUCUCAAUUUCCCACGGGGACAUUAUGGUACCAAGAACAGGGGAUGUCUUUCGAGCAGCAGCUGGUCCAGUUGAUACAACAGCUGGCCCAGACAGAGCAACACCUGAACAAUCUGAUGGCCCAGCUGGACCCCCUUUUUGAGAGUGUGACUACCCUGGCUGGAGCACAGCAGGAGCUUCUGAAUAUGAAGUUACACACCAUCCAUCAGCUGCUACAAAAGAACAAGCCAAACAAGGGUGUGGAGGAUCCAGAAUCAGAGGCCAGCAUACCCUUUCCUGAGGACUUCUGUGUGAAGGAGGAAGAAAAGGAGGCUGGUGACAGUCAGGCCUGGGAAGAGCGCCUAAACUGGAGCACAGGGACAAGGAACCUGGCUACUACUAAUUGGGGAGUGGAGCAGGGGCUAAGGAGGAGACGCAGCAAGGCUGCAGCAAGGGGCCCCAGUCACAGCCCCCUCUGGGAAGGAGGGGCAGCGGCUGACGGUUCAGUAAAACAAAGUCUUUUCUUGUGAUUGGA